UAUCUCCCGGGGCGCAGUUGAGAAAUGCACAUCGGUUAUCCACCCUUGGCCGAUCCCCCAAGAAUUUUUCGCGACUAGCGAGCAUAUGUCAAUUUAUUUUUGAUUAUCUAGCAGAUUUGUAUUUACAUUGAAUCAGCUGUUUAAUACACGAAGCGAGCGUUGAACUCUCAAUUUAUGCCCAUUUGGCCGCGAGAAGACCCCAUAGCUGACGUCGGGCGAGUGAGAAAAAUCGUGCACGGGCCAGGGACGAGCGUGGCACAGGCGGGGUGUUACAAUUCCUCCUGUGGACAAUGAAUGAGAAGAAGGCCCAUGACAAUGAAACAAAAGGGCCAGACACAGGUGAAGGGGAGCUGGAGAUGGUACGCCAUCAGAACACACAGUUACACCAUGAGCAGGUGGGACUGCAGCAGGAGACUGGUAUGUUGGAGGAUACAUCGGUGCAGGAGAUGCAGCCACACGAUGUCUUGCCCGUCCAUAACACUAAUCAGCAGGAACCAGAUGGACCUAAGGAACCAGGAGGGCCUAUCAGGAGACCGGGGUUUAGAAGUAAGUCGGGGAUUGGGCCUCCGCCUCGACCAUUUAAAAAAGCUAGGUAUGCUUGGGAGAUUAAGAACUAUGAACAUACUUUAAGCAAUAUGACUCAGAAUUUAGGUGAAUGUUCAACAGAUAUACAAGAUGACAGUCAAGACUCUCAGUCCAGUGAUGUGAACAGUGAGGGAAGUCAAGAAGAUGGUGUCUUAGAUCCCAGGGAGGGGUUACCUGUAGGCAACUUAGACAGAGCAGCUUUUUUGGAUCCGAGAGCGAGGCCUCGACCUGAUCUCAUGCCGCCCAUCAUGCCUGCACCAUAUCCAACGACGUAUGGCAUGAUGGCUGCUCCGCCUCCGCCUGAUGCAAGCUUACGGCCAGGUGACUGCUUAAAGGAAGGUCAGCAGGUGCCUCCUGACCCAGAUGCUGGCAUAUUGAGAUGGCACACAAGACAGUUAUGUCGCAGCAUCUUUGACAACACUGUAAACCGAAUGCUAGAGAACAUGGGUUUCUCACCAGUAACGGAAAGAAGCCAAGGGAUCCACCCUCUUUUAGUUUUAAGCUUAAGUGAUGAUGAGGAGCGGGAAGCGGAAGAAGCCCAACAGCGAGCAUUAGAAAAUGAAGCCCUUACUGCAGCCAUGCAUAAUAAGGGUCUUUUUAUGUCUCAUUAUGACCCACUAGAAAGUGGCACUACCACAGAUUACGACUCGUCUGAUGACGACAGUGAUCUAGGUGAAGACCAAGGCCCAGAUGAGCUCCAUAUGACGCACAUGAUCAGCAGACCGUUGCCUCGUGUACCUGCCAUGCCUGCUGUGCCCACUAUGCCUGCCAUGCCCAUUACAUGCAAUGUGCCACUGGCUCCCCCUAGCACCCAGCCCUCAUCCCCACACUCGAUUCCGCCCCAUCGGCCGCAAGAGCCAGACUGUGAUUUAAACAAGCAUGCCUGUGAUGCAGCUGUACCUGGAAAAGAUGCAAGCUGUAGAAAUGAAUCUACCAUAGACAACAACAACAAGAACUCUGUAGGGGACCACAGCGACGGCACGGCAGCAGAGAGUGAGGAAAGCAGAGAUGAGGCCGAUAGAAGGCAAGCAGACACUCCACACAAAGCAGAAAACGAGAACAACAACGAUAAAUUUUUUGUAGACCAAGCCAUCGAGAUGGCCAUUAAACAACAAGGCUUGGGUUACCAGCAAGCGUGAUGGCCACAUACUUUAUCUAGGUCAACAAGUUGAAAUGUUCCGUGCUUUUCUGCCAUCCCUUCCUGUGAGUGUUGCUGAAUGUGUGAGUUUUAGACUAGUUUCUUGCUGGACACUUGAAAUGAUGUUACUUGUCAUAGGUCAUAAUAUAAAGCUUUUUACAAACUGACUUCGGGAAAUUCUUUGCUGGUGAAGUCAAGCAUCCAGUGACUUCAUACUAUACUUGUAUUUCCUAGUCUUUUCAAAGUCAUAAAUUAUGUUAUAUUUGUUUCAGAGUAUGAUACUCAUUAACUUAGGAUUUACUUAUAGAUUCUGGCAUGUCAUACUAUUUCUAUCUUGGCUUUGUUUACUGAUUUACAUGAACAAAGUCUCUCAAGAAAAAAUCCUAGAGUAUAUAUUAUUAGAGACGUUAUGAGCUUUAAUGCGUUCAGAGUUACAUUAAGAGGAAGCAAAGAGAAUUGGUGAACAAUUUUAUUGGUUCUGUAAAACUAGAGUUUGAUAUGUAUAUCUUUAUGUUUACUGCCUCACUCUGCUUCAACUUUAUGUAUCUUGUUGUAUUCAUUUCGUGACAAUAUGAUAUCACGUGAAAUAUCA